GUGAUAUUGAUGCUAAGGAUUUUGUUUAAACAGCUCAUGAUAGCAGUUGAUUUAUCUUCUUUUUUAUAAACCCCUGACUUCACUAGUUUUGAGUUGUGUGCGGUGUUAAAUGUGUGACAGCGGUCUCUCUAAUAAUGGGAUUCCCACCAAACGCAGCGUGGUGUAUAUUUACAGCCCGGACUAUGUGGAGACCUGUGACUCUUUAUCAAAAGUCCCAAACAGAGCGAGUAUGGUGCAUUCCCUGAUUGAAGCUUAUGGCUUAUUAAACUAUAUGAGUGUGGUUAAGCCUCGUGUGGCUACGAUGGAGGAGAUGGCAGUGUUUCACACACACUCUUACCUCGAGCACCUGCACAAGAUCAGCCAGAAUGGAGACAAUGAUGACCCUCAGUCAGUGGAUUUUGGGCUGGGGUAUGAUUGUCCAGUGGUGGAGGGUAUAUUCGAGUACGCAGCUGCAGUUGGUGGAGCCACUCUGACGGCCGCCCAGUGUCUGCUGGAUGGAAAGUGUAAAGUUGCCAUCAAUUGGGCAGGAGGUUGGCACCAUGCCAAAAAGGACGAGGCAUCAGGGUUCUGCUACGUAAAUGAUGCUGUUUUGGGGAUCCUCAAACUGCGGGAGAAAUAUGAGAGGGUGCUUUAUGUAGACGUGGACCUUCACCAUGGUGAUGGCGUAGAAGAUGCCUUCAGCUUCACUUCCAAAGUGAUGACUGUGUCUCUGCAUAAGUUCUCUCCUGGCUUCUUCCCAGGUACAGGUGAUGUGUCCGACACAGGCCUCGGGAAGGGCAGAUGGUAUGCUGUUAACGUGCCUCUGGAGGAUGGAAUCAGAGAUGAUCGCUACCUUCAGGUUUUUACCAGUGUCAUACAGGAAGUGAAAGCGCUGUUUAACCCUGAAGCAGUAGUGAUGCAGUUAGGGGCGGACACCAUGGCUGGCGACCCCAUGUGCUCUUUUAACAUGACUCCAGUGGGGGUAAGCAAAUGCCUGAGCCAUGUGCUGGAGUGGAAGCUACCUACACUGUUGCUGGGAGGAGGUGGGUAUAACCUUGCGAAUACCGCCCGCUGCUGGACCUAUCUGACAGGGACAGUCCUGGACCAGACUCUGUCCUCAGAGAUACCAGACCACGAGUUCUUUACGGAAUACGGUCCGGAUUAUACGUUGGAGAUAAGCCCGAGCUGCCGACCCGACCGCAACGAGAGCCAGCAGUUGGAGCGGGUCAUCGGCACUAUCAAAGGGAAUCUGAAGAAUGUCGUUUAAGCAGUGGGCUCUGAGCUCAUGUUUCCAAAUCAGACUCUGCUCUGCUAAUGAAGACAGUAUGUGGGAGCCAUCAGCGGAGCGGAGCUUUGGAAAACAUUACUCGAAUGUUUCCGAGGAACUUUGUUUAAUGAGAAAAUGAGCAGGCCAGCAGUGCCCCGUGUGAGGAGUCCGUAGUCAGAGCAGGUCACAAGGUGAACAGUCCAAAUGUUUCUAUCGUAUUUUUAAAAUUCCAUUGAUAUUUUGAAUCGAAAAGCAAGACCUGACCAAGCCAAUCCUAUCCUCUUAAGCUAAAACAUGUCAAGAAAGAAUUUAAAUGCUGGUAUUUGGUGCUUUUUUUUUUUUUUUCCCCUUCAGCGCGGUUUUGGUUUUGAUAGCCAUCACUUGUUAUCGUCAUGGAUCCAUUUUAGAAAUGCGGUUCAAGUUGGAGGACAUGUUUAGUGUUGGAAUUUGUUGUCAAAGAUAUUCACUUGGUUUUAUUGUCUAUUUUAUUUUAAGUGGUAUGUCUUUCAAUGUUCCCUGGUGAAAUGGAGUCAUUGUCAUAUAACGCUGCCAACACACACUCAUACUCUCCAAAAACACAACAAACUGCUCCACCCAAGCAAGCUCGCAGAAACUGGAGGAUAGACAGAAAGGAUAGAGGGAUGAGAAUGAAGAAUGUAGGUCAACUAAACUUGUUAAUUCCCUUUAAUUAACAUGUAUAAUAAAUACUGUUGCCCCAUUUAAGAUUUUUUUUUCUGUGGAUUUUAUCAUUGGAGUGUAAAUAUUUCUUUUCUAAUAAAAUCCUAAGGGUAAGCAAG